AUGGCUCCUCAUGGACUGCUUUCCGUUGUACUGGCCUUUGUGCUCACCUCUACGUCGACCAUAGUGGUGGCUCUCAGAUUUUACACCAGAUACUUUAUCGUUGGAAAGCUUACUAUUCCCGACUGGAUCAUGCUCCUGGCACUUAUAGGGACCUGGUCAUCUACAGUGGUCAACUGGUACAUGGUCCAAUUCAUGGACUACAGCAGCGUCGAUCCCAAUGUUCCGGAAACAAUUGAGAGGGUCGUCGUUGGCGCUCUGCUAUCAAUUUGGUUAUACCGACUGAACUAUAUUAUCGACCUCUGCCUUGUCAAAACAUCAAUCCUACUGUUCUACAAUGAAAUUGCCGCAUCGAACAAACGCUUCCACUUCGGCGUCCGAGCUCUAUUGCUUAUCAACAUUGUUGGUGGGAUUGCCAUGGCCUUUGCUUCCAUCUUUAUGUGCUAUCCAGUCGCUGAUGCAUGGUCGUUUGAGGUCUUCAUGGGCGGAGUGAAGGGUAAGACAGCCACGCAAUGUUAUUACCCAGGGCCUUUUUGGCUCUUCAAUGCUGGCUACAACCUCGUCACCGACGUGAUCAUCUGGACAGUGCCGAUGGCGUUUUUCAUGAAUCUCCAGGCAAUACCACUGAGACGGCGUCUCGAGCUCGUAGCCACUUUCUCGGUGGGCAUCGUAGCUAUCAUAGCGUCGGUAGUUCGACUUUACACGAUUGUGCUCUGGUUGUCCAGCUUUGAGCAGCAAAGAAUAAACACGGCAAAUGUGUUGGUAUGGAGCCAGGUGGAACAACACGCUGGUCUCAUAGCAGGCUCUAUCCCGUUCUUGCGGCCAUUAUAUCGUCAAGUGCUGGCUAGGACAAUGAGAAGAGAGCAGAAUAGCCCCAGCCCGGCAGAGCAUCUAGUUGAGGAACCUGCACCAGAGAUGGUCCAGGGAAUGCUCCGGAGGCCCAUCCUUCCAUCGACAACCUCUACAUGUGGCUCGAGCAACCGGGAGUUCAGGCGACCCGAGUGGGUUCUUGAACCAAUCGAGCCUGUUGGGAAGGAUUGUAUUUGGGAAGUGGCGCACCCUGCUUGAGGCUUUUUAUUUCCAACAUACAAGAUACGUUAUGAACAUGUUAUGAGUAGAUUCUAGAAAGGCGUACUAUUAGGCUGAGGGCGAGUCGCAAGACUAGAGUUAGAGGCAAGGGGUAUACGAUACGUAUAAUGGAUAACAUCAUGAC